AUGUCACGUCGUCUUGCCGCGGUCUUUGCCCUCCUCGCAGUCGCCCUUGCCACCGACACCGAUCCUCAAUCAGAGGAGACCACAUCGAAACCCGAUGGCAAACGACGACAGUACAUCGCUGGCCCAUUGAGGCCGGCACCGUUCCUCGCGCCAGCGAUUCCCCGACCGAUGAUGGCCGCUCCAGCUCUCCCUGUUGCCUCUGCUCUUCCCUUCGCUCAACCCGCACCCGUUGUGCCCGUUGCCCCAGUCGGUCAAUGUCCCGGCGGUCCAUCACUUCCAAUUGAAUGUGACCCUAAACGUCCAUGGCCUCAAUGCCCUCCACAAUCGUAUUGUUAUGCCACGAACUCCGUCGACAUCGGACCAUAUUUCUGCUGUCCCGUCUGGUCCACCUAUGGAGCCGCCUGGCGUCCGGCCACACCCUUCUACAACUACGUGCCACCAAUUCCCGCCAACUGGCCUGAGGCUCUCCGAAUGACCGCCGCGUGGCCAGCCGGUGCCGUCGGACUCCCCGUUUACGCCCCAGGAGCCAAGAGCAAGAAGCCAGCCAAGCAAUUGCCCGUUGAUGAAGAGGAAAAGAAAGAUGGAGAGAAAAUGGAAUCGUCGAUCAACAAAUGGAUGGAAAGACAAUCACGUCUU